AUGGAAAAGGUGUAUCAACUGAGAGGUACAGGAGUAUCCAGGACGAAAGCCAUAUUGUAUGAUGGCCUUUUCCGUCCACAACGUCCUGAUGGCUCCCUAAGCUGUGGAUCUCCCCUGACAAUUAGAACCUUCCAUAUAGCUUGCCUGAUGGAGCUGUCGUCAUACGAUGGUAAACCGUCGGAUUUGUCUGGCAAUGAAAACACAGAAAACUGUGAUGUCCACCUGGGAAUAGUCCUCAUUAUCGAGCCGUUCUAUGGUGGAUCACACAAACAAUUAAAUGAUUUGCUCAUUAAAGAAGUACCAGGCUGCAAGUUGUACUCUUUACCUGCGAAGAAAUGGCAUUGGAGAAUGAGAACUAGUGCACUUUAUUUUUACCAGAAUAUACCGGCUGCUUGCAACAGCACGUACAAGUGAGUAAGUUUUAAUUCUUACUAAAGAAUUUGGAGAGAUUUCUGCACAAACCCACACAAUUCCAGGGAUCCAUAUUAGUCUUUUUUAAGAAGCGUCAGCUGGUCAAGAAUGUCGAAAAUUAUACUUGCGCAGAGACAGAGCUGAAUAACGUAUGCAGGACAAACCGUCUAUAAGGCCUUCUACAACUGUUCAGCACAUAAAAUUGAACUUGCAUGCACAGACAACCAAUCUGUCACUAACUGAUGUAUGGGGACAUGCUGCUACACAUAUAUAUAUAUAUAUAAAUAUUAUGAGAGGAAAAAAGGACGCAACUACAUUUCCCGACAAGCCUGUUUCGUGAAUCGCUUCACUCUUUAAACCCCUGAAGAGUGAAGCGAUUCAUGAAACAGGCUUGUCGGGAAAUGUAGUUGCGUCCUUUUUUCCUCUCACAAUAUUUAUUCUGCUCUGCUUCAACAUAUUGAGCACUGUUCCACGCGAAAAUCGACUUGCAGACUUCCUAUAUAUAUAUAUAUAAAUAUAUUUAUGUAUGUAUCAUGUUGAUUUGUUAACAUUGCAUACCCCCAUUUAACGAAUGAGUGUUUAUUGUGUUCUUCUUUGAAUCACCCUAGCCAAUGAUGAGUUGGGUCAACCCAUGCAACUUGCAUUGAUUGUUCAAAAUUUAAUACCCUCAUUUAAUGCAUUAGAGUGAAAUGUGUUCCUCUGCAAAUCAACUUCCUGUGAGACGGAUGGACCUAAAUGUAAGCAAUUCAAAUCCACUUGUGUGAAUAAUGUCCAUUCCUCAAAAUAUCUUACCCCCUUCUAACGCCUUAAGAACAAGGAAGAUUCAUCUGUCUUGUCUGUAACCUUCAGCCAAUGGACUUCCAGCUCUAUCACAGUUUAAGAACGAGGAAGGUUCAUGUUAUCAUUUUCUCAUGCUACUCAUUUUCUCAUAUUGCUCAUGCCCCUUGACUUCCAGCAUGUAAACCAAUGAUUGCACUUCCAGUGAGUUGAUUUGUCAACUACUAUAGAUGAAUCAAUUCAGAUUGGAUGUAAUGGACAAGUAUGCUCAAGCACAGAUGCCCAUUAUACCAUCCACAGCUGCUUAUGGAAAAAAUUACCAAAACCCCUUGGAUUACUUCCACAGUUGAUAAUGCAUACUGUACAGUGUCCUUAAAUUGCCCAAAGAGUUUUGAGUUGUUUCUUUUUUAUUCUUAUUUUUGUUGUAUUUUGUUUUUUCUUGAGGGUGUUGUUUGCCAGCUCUGUCUUGAAUUUAGCAGAACUAAUGGCACUGAGACCAGAUCUUACUCAGUUAAAGAAAGUUCUUUACUUCCAUGAGAAUCAGCUGAUUUACCCAGUCAGGAAGCAACAGGAAAGAGACUUUCAGUUUGGAUAUAAUCAGAUUUUGUCAUGGUGAGAACAAUGAAAACAAUUACUAAUAGAAACUUAAAUGAAUUAAAUGAAUUUAAAAUUUCAUAUUAUUUAUGCAGUGACAGAAGAAGACAUGAGCUGUAGAAGCCUAUGUGCUGGGAUGUACACCUUCUGGUUCUGGCCUAAGAUAAGAACUCCCAAUAGACUCUAGGGCGUGUACAUUAAGGCAGUUUUACUGUGGCUGGACUUAAGGGGAUUGAGUAUAGUAUGUAUGUGUAAUGUGAAAAAUAGAAUGUUAUGUUGUCUGAAAGUUGUAAUCUUGAUACUGCUGUACAUAAGCAACCAUAAUUAUUUUAAUGUAGUAAAUUUUCAAUGUUUGUAUUAGUGAUUGUUUCAUCCUCUUUGGGACUGUUUCAAAUGAGAUAAUCAAUAUGUAGAAAUGCACGAGGGUGUCUAUUAUCAUCAAGACAUGUGUACAUUCAUUGUGUGUUUGUUUUUUUCCAUCUUCUUCUUGUUGUUGUCAUUAUUUUUACCUUUACUAUUAUAAUAAUUAUUGCUAUUACUUAUUUUAACUUGCUCUCUCUAGCAAGUCAUCAAUAUUUUAACUUUUUUUGUUACUUGUACAUGUAGCUUUAUUUCUGUUUGCAUGAUUGUGUUUGUUUGUUUUUCACUUAUUCUGUUGACUGUUUGACCCCUAAGAGUGACUACUAUCUAAUUUUCCAAUAUAAAUCACUCCUGAAUCAAACAAUAAUGUCAUAAGAAUAAAGGAAAUUAUCACCAAAUAAACGUGCUCUUGAUUGUAACACAAAUUCUUCCCAUCUCACUUUUUAAGAAAUAUAAGGAGAACAGUAUGGAGUAUAAAGAGGAUAAGUUUCUAAAGAAACUGUGGUGCUGUGUUGGUGAGAGACUAUAACAGGACAAUUUAGUAUUAUCAACUAAGUUGAUAGCAUAAAUUGGCCACUAUAAAGAGUAUGAAAGCUGACGUUUUUAGGAUUCACCCUUGAUCAGAGUGAAGAAGGAAAGGCUAUGACAUUCAAAAUGUCAGCUUUAAAACUCUUGGUGGCGGCCAAUUUACGUCUGCUUAUCCACUCAGUGGAUAAUAGUAUGGAGAACAUGCAUGCUGUUGUUGGAUGUUAAGGUUUAAAUUAAUUUCCUUUAUUUUUCUCUGACAGUCUUGUUGCUGAUGUAAUGGUAUUUAACUCACAGUUCAACAUGGAAUCAUUUUUAUCAUCUAUCAAAAGCUUUCUGAAACUAAUGCCAGAUAAUCAACCCAAGGAAUUAGACCAAAUAAUCAGACCAAAAUACAGGGUUGUGCACUUUCCUUUGAUGGAACCUGAAAUAGGUACAGCAGAAUACAAAGGUGAGCAAUAUGAGUAGCUCUUAACCUAUUAAUCUUAAGCAUUGCAAUUUCCUAAAAUGUGAUUGGUGCAUCAGCUACUUUAUUUUUUUCACUAAUCAUUCUGUACAGUUAUAAUUGGACAAUGUAAUUAGACAUUUGGCUGUAAUCAGACACCUGUAAUAGGACAGCUGAAGCAGCCAAUCAUACUAAGUUCUUUCAGUCAAAUGCAACAAUCACAGAAUUGAUCACAAUAAUCACAGCAGCAGCCACUUAUCCUAAAAAAACUGUGGAAUUUUUUACUCUAGACAUUCUCUCUACUGGAGAUAUUUGUCCUUUAUGUAUUUUGUUGUUUUGGAAAUUGUGAGGGUCAUGAUUUAUUGCCAAUAGGACUUUGGUUUGUCCAAUUCAGAUGAAUCAGACUCAGGCUUCACAGAAAUUAGAUUUUGUUUAUCACUUGUAUGAUUACUGACCAUAUUGGACUCCACUCAGUCCUAUUACUCCCAACAGUAUCACCCCUACAUCAAACAUCAAGGUCUUAAGGUAGCUCUUGAUUGUUACACAAAUUCUCCUUGUCAGCACCUUAGGAAAUGUGUAGAGAACAGUAUGGAGAAUAUGCAUACUGAUGUUAGGGUGUAAAGGGUUAAAUAAAAAAUAUUGCUUGGAGAAAUAACAUGAGAUUUGGAUAGAUAUUGAGGUGCCAUGUAAGUGGCUGUUUACAGUUCUUAGUUUUUUUGCAAUCUAGACAUCAAGGUGUAUUCUUCAGUGUACAUUUAGCUUUGAAAUAACUCCUCCUAUGUACUGUUCCAUAAAACUGAAAAUUUGUGUUUCAGUGAAUAACAUAAGGAUUACAUGUAGGUCAUAUUUUCCCACUACAAUAUACAUGACUAACUCUAAACCCCUUUACUUCCAUUAUGUUAAGGUCAAUUGUCCUUGAUAUCUACAAUACCUUACUUGUCAUUUCAGCUCUCUUUACCAAUCCCUAUUUAGACAGUGUACUUUUAAGCAAGGAGAUAUUUUGUCUUUAACAUCAUCACCUUUUGUUGGACAGUGUAUGGAUAUUAUAGGGACAAAUUACUUCUUAGUCAUGCCUUGGCAUGAAAGAUGUAAUUUCCACCAUUUUAGUACUCUGUAUCUCUUACUUGAAUCUACAAAUGGAUACUUGAUGACAUACCAGCAUUCCUUUGGAACAAACUUUAGAUGCAGAAGAUGAAGAACUUGAUCAGCCAGUGGACUCAACAGUGUCAAGACCUUUGCAUGUUGUUUGGGCUCAUAGAUGGUAUGGUUUGUGUCAAUUGAUUUUUACCUGGUCUUUCCUUAAAGGUAGAGAAUGUCAUAACAUUAAUUUUACUGCUCAUUAAAACUCAGGUUUUAACCUUUUAGAUCCUAAAAUCAUAAUGCAUAUUCUCCAUACUGUUCUUUACACAUUUUCUAAGGUGCUGACGAGGAAAAUUUGUUUACUGAUCAAAAGCUUCUUUUGUUGGGCAUUAUCUCCUUCAUUCUCAUGACCUUAAUGUGUAAUUCAGGGGUGAUAUUGUAGGAGAAAUUAGAUUUUAGUCACUCUUUUGGGUUUGAAGGGUUAAACAAGAGCUCAUUAGCAGCAGUUUAGUGCUGCCUAUAGGACCUCCCACUGCCUCUGUUUAGGCUCUCAUGUUUGGGUUUUGCCUUACAUCACAGUGACCCAUUGCACCAUUGGUACAUGUAAUUGCCUAUAGAAGAAAAUUACUGGAAUAUUGAGUGUUCAUCUGCAUGUACUCUGAAUUUCAAAUUACAAAAUGUUGUGGGGAUAUAGACAGAUAAUAUGUUGAAUCAGUGGUUCAGUACUCAGAAAUACUUUUGAAGUACCAAUGUGUGCAUAGUAAAACAUGAAAAAAAAGUCAAACAUGAGGUAUUGUGUCCUCUACAUAUCUGUGGUGGCUAACCCACUGAUCCAAAAUUGCCAAGGCAUGGGUUUGUUCUCAUUGCAAGUGAAACUGCAAAUAGGCUGUAUGCAUUGAUGUUUUUUUCUAGGUGUUCCUACAUGUAUUACUAUACCAAACUUUGGGUAGCUAGAUUUAAUUAACAAAACUACUUAAAGUAUUAGAGUCUCUAUGGAUCUUAGUUUACAUCUGAAUUAGAUAACCAUAUUAACUAGUUAAAAGGUAGCUGAUUGGUUAAAUUUGUACAAACCAGUUCAUACCAGAUUCUUUUUUGGUGUUCCAAAAAGUUUUAGCCAGUGUUAUUUUUGGCUGCUUUGUCAAAGACAUGGGUAGCCAUAGCAAAAUCAUAAUAUACAGAGGAGCCUAGAGGUCAAAAAGCAAAUCUUGUAAUCCAGUAUAACUGUACAUUUAUUUUGACUUCUUGUACUGAAAAAAUGUUAUACUAAGCACACUACUUAACACUAGCUAUAAAGGCCAGUGUACAAGUUGGAUUUAUUUACUUUGUUUUAGUUAUUGUUUUUAUUGGUGUUAUUAGGGAACAUGACAAAGGUCCUGAGUUGUUCUUUUGCACACUGUAUCAGUUGGCUGAGCAAGGAUUGGAUUUCAAGGUUUCUGUAUUGGGAGAAACAUUCUCUGAAGCUCCAGGUAUUUGUGUCACAAUAGUACACUGCACCCAAUUCAUAUCAGUGGGUGAACAUACAUGUAUGACUCAGUCGUUGUGAGAAGGUGGUAGAUGGCAAAAACCUUCCCAUUAUCAGACCAGACCUACUCAAAGCAGAAAAUAAGUAUUUUUCAACAUUUUCUAACAACAAUGUUUUGCAAAAAAAAGUUACCCAGAAUGCUGGUCCCCCAGAAUGCUCCGUGUCCCGGAAUGCUAGAAAUCCCAACUCAAAGUUUGAAUUUGCACUUGGGCCUCCAGGACCAGAAAGGGCCUGUUGCUACGUUAGAGUAAUUCAAGUCAGCCAACUAAUCAGUUCAGAUCAUGCAUCUAUUACAUAUUCUAAUGAAAACCCUGUAAGUGGACAUGACUUGUUAGUGAGUUGAUUACCUCUAUAAUUUGAGGGUGAGAAGGUAAGGUAAGAGGAACCAUUCAUCUGUCUGUCAUUGGUUGAACAGUGUUUUCCAUAGACUGAGAGACUUCAGGCUUGAGGCUGUGUGCUAUAGAUUGUCUUUGAGAUUUUAUUCAUUCUAGACCCCCACCUAGCUUGAGCUAUUGAUGAAUAUGCUGGCUUAGAACAGGAGAUCAAAAUCUGAAAAAUUUAAAAGCUAUGGGUACUCGUGACGCACUCAGAAUUGUCUUGAGAAAGGGAUAAACAUUUUGUUGGAACUUGUAAUUUAUGUGCCAUCCAUAUCAUAACACACUAGGUAUUUUUGAGGAAGCUUGUAGACGAAUCCAUGAUCAUAUCCUUCACUGGGUUUAUCAGGAAUCUCGCAAGGUAUAUAUCUCCAUACUGAAGGCUGCUGAUGUAGCAGUGUCCACUGCAGAGCAUGAAUUUUUCGGUGUAUCGAUGUAAGUUUCUAUGAAUUGAAUAUGUUGUUGUAGUUGUCGUUGUUUUUUUGAGACUAACUGUAAUUUAAGCGAGGUUAAACCCAAAUCAAUUCAGGGCUUUCACUGACGUGAUGUGGAGAAGCUCCAGGGAGGUUUGAAAAGGGAUUGCCAUGUGCUUUUUUCCAAGUUGCUGUGUUACUUUGCUUGCUCUAUGUCCCUCCCUCCCUCCCUCCCCCUCCUCCCCUCCCCUCCUCCCCUCCCCUCAAGUUUUUGAGUGUAAUUCGUGAACAGGAUAGAUGAAUACUGUUACGUACAGAUAUUUUUUUUUAACCAAAGUUAAAUGUAGUGGUGAUUAUUUCAAAAUCAUAGUUUUUCUUUUUAGGUUAGAGGCUGUGCAAUAUGGUUGUUAUCCACUUUGUCCAAACAAGUUGGUUUAUCCUGAAAUAUUUCCAUGUUAGUAGAUACGCCGUUUAUUAAUCUAUUCCGUGCACCUCGUUGUUGGAAAGUAUAUCCACAUUUAACUAGAAUAAUAUUAUAUGUUAGAAUUUUAAAGCUAUUAUUCAGCAUCAGUUUUGCGUGAAAAGCCGAGGGACAAAAUACGAAUUUUAUGUGACUUUUAUUAUUUGUCUUCUUUUCCUUUCCAGCAGAGUAUUUGUACUCAACACCUCAACAGUUAUCCAAGAAGCUACGAUACUUCUGUAGAAAUCCAAGACACGUGAGAUCUCACAAAGUCGCAGUAAGUCAUUAA